AUGCUGUUGCUUCUUGCUUUUUGCUCUGUAUAUUGCAACUAUAGAGAGUUUUCAGUUAUUGCCAACGAUAUCAUUAUAUUUUCCCUUGAAGCGGUUAUCCAGGCUGUUUUCUUCGGAAUCUGCGUCUUGACCGAUCUGUCCAGUCUUCUCACUAAAGGAAAUGACAGUCAAGAGCAAGAGAGGCAGCUGAAAAAACUCAUUUCCCUCCGUGACUGGGUGAUGGCUGUUCUAGCUUUCCCUGUUGGAGUGUUUGUUGUGACGCUGUUUUGGAGCAUCUAUAUCUAUGACAGGGAACUGGUUUACCCAAAGGUGCUUGAUAAUUUUAUACCAGCGUGGCUAAAUCAUGGAAUGGUGAGUAAA